AAAUAACUUUCCUCCUUCCGGCGUGUGCAAAUGUGUGUUUCCCUAAUUGCUGUUUCCAGCGUGGGUCCCAGGAACUGUAAUCCAGAGGCCUACCACACCUCUCCCACUGCCUGAGUCCUUUGCACCCAGACUUGCCCUGCUCCUCCAACCUGUUCUACUCAUCCCUCCCACGGUGUUGUGGUCCCAUUUCUAAGGCUUGACACCUGAAAUCUCCAGUCUCCAGUUGCCCCGUGCCUGACUUUUCUCCCUUCGUAUUCAGUCCAGCGACAGCGGCCAUUGAAGUAAAUCAUAAUGAGUUAUGCAGAAAAACCCGAUGAAAUAACCAAAGAUGAAUGGAUGGAAAAGCUCAAUAAUUUACAUGUUCAACGAGCAGACAUGAACCGUCUCAUCAUGAACUACCUAGUCACAGAGGGCUUUAAGGAAGCAGCAGAGAAGUUUCGAAUGGAAUCUGGGAUCGAACCAAGUGUGGACCUAGAAACACUUGAUGAGCGAAUCAAGAUUCGGGAGAUGAUUCUGAAGGGUCGGAUCCAGGAGGCCAUCGCCCUGAUCAACAGCCUCCACCCAGAGCUCCUGGAUACAAACCGAUAUCUUUACUUCCACCUUCAGCAACAGCACUUGAUUGAGCUCAUCCGUCAGCGUGAGACAGAAGCAGCUUUGGAGUUCGCCCAGACGCAGCUGGCAGAGCAGGGUGAGGAGAGCAGAGAGUGCCUCACAGAAAUGGAGCGCACGCUGGCCUUGUUGGCCUUCGACAGUCCUGAGGAGUCACCUUUUGGAGACCUUCUCCACAUGAUGCAGAGGCAAAAGGUGUGGAGUGAAGUUAACCAGGCUGUUCUGGAUUAUGAAAAUCGAGAGUCCACACCCAAGCUGGCAAAAUUACUGAAACUGCUACUUUGGGCUCAGAAUGAGCUAGACCAGAAGAAAGUAAAAUAUCCCAAAAUGACAGACCUCAGCAAAGGUGUGAUUGAGGAGCCCAAGUAGAGCCUGUGCACGGACCCAGCACUGUCAACCAGCACAGGACUCUUUCCCCUUCUGGCUGUGACUGGCAGAUUUGUCACUGCAGUAGAGAACCUUUUUCCCCUGUAAUUUUCUUUGGCCUGUAUUGUUUAAAAAGGGGAAAUGGCCUUUUUAAACACUGGCAAACCCGUGAUGGAAGACACCACCUCUGCCUUGCCCUGCAUCCCGAAGGUUGCACACUGCAGUUGACUCUCCCAGUGCUUCCGGUAUUGCUGACUCUAGAAGAUCUGGUUUUCCAGAUGUUUGCUGCGCUGCUAGGGAGUCUGUGAAGAGCGCUGACGUCGUUUGCUUUCUGCUGGUGUGCAGGCAGGCAGUGUUUAGUCUCCUGGGUCUUCACAGGCCUUCACGUUUUCCUUACCCGUUUUCUUCUUUUCUCUCUUCUUCCUCCUCUUUUUUUUCCUUCAUAGGAAAGAAUAUAUAAAUUUGUAAAUCUUAAUUCAAAGAAAACUUGUGUGGGUAUUGAGUUUGGUUUAGUUCUUUACCUUUUGGUUCGGGCUGUGUGGCUUUUGGGAGGGGAUAUGUGUGUGUUUGCGUGAGGGAUGAGGCUGUGUUUCUUAAUUUUUUAAAUAUAUUUUUUGGUGCUGUAUGUGAUGAGAGACUCGUUCAUAGUGAAUCAAUGAACUGUCUCUUGUAGGCAACUUUGUUGAAAAUAAAGAUUUCUCUUUACUUCCAGGA